UUGUGGAAAGCUUGCGAUUUUGCUUGAUGUGUGGCACCAAAACGCUAGUCAGCAGAAACACCUAUUAGUGGGAACGUUAGAGGUACAACUUGGGUUCAUCAAAGAAACCUCUAUCAGAACCAAGUGGACUACACUUGAGCAACAGCAGGCAGACAUGCCCUUGCGACCGAGGGCUUUGUCUCAACCUGGAAGAGCCAACACUCUUCCAAGCCCUAAAGCCAUACCAGUUUUGCGCCCGAGAGCUCUGUCAUCUCACUCGAAAUCAGCUUUAGAAGAUGAGCUUUCUUGUCCGGUUUGCUGUGAGAUCUUCACAGAUCCUGUAGUCCUGAAGUGCAGUCACAGUUUCUGCCGCAUUUGCCUUCAGCAGUUCUGGAAUAAGAAAGGAGCCAAGCGGGAAUGUCCGGUGUGCAGGAGAAAGUGUUCUUUGACGGAGCCCACGGUGAGUCUAGCCUUGAAGAACGUGUGUGACGCCAUCUUACAGGAGCAGAAAGGCCCAGGAUCUGCGAGAGCGGGGCCGGGUACAGCGAACAGAGAAUCUAAACCAGAGGCUCUUUGUGCCACUCAUGGGGAAGGACUCAAAUUGUUCUGCCAAGAUGAUGAAGAGGUUCUCUGCUGCGUUUGUCAAACGUCAAAGAAACACCAAGGCCACAGCGUAUGUCCUUUGGAGGAGGCAGCAAAUGAUCUCAAGGAGGAAAUGCGGCAGAUUGUCGUCCCUCUUAAGAAAAGUCUCCGGCGCCUCUAUGAAGCCAAACAAGAAUGUGAUGACCUAACUGCCCACAUCAAGAAUCAAAGGCAACAGACAGAGCAACAAAUUCACGAGGAGUUUGAAGAGCUCCAUCAAUUCCUUCUGAAGGACGAGGCUGCAAGGAUUGCUAUUCUAGCAGAAGAAGAAGAGGCAAAGAAACAGAUGAUGAAGAAAAAAACAGAUAACAUCACUCGUGAUAUACUCACAUUUUCUCAUGCCGUCAUGGCCAUUGAAAAUGAGAUCGCUGGUGAGGACAACCACUUUUUGCAGAACUACAAGAACGUAAAGAGGAGGGCGCAGAUAACGUUUCAUGAACCAGAAAAUGUUCUGGAUUCUCUAAUCAACGUUGCGGAACACAUCAGCUCCCUGAGUUUCAGAGUGUGGGAAAAGAUGCAGAGUAUGGUGGAACACACUCCAGUGACGCUGGACCCCAACACAGCCUACCCCUGUCUGUCUCUUUCCAAGAACAUGACAAGUGUGUCCAACACAGGGACUAUGAAAGAGCUGCCUGAUAACCCAGAGCGCUUUGACCACUUUGUUUUUGUAUUGGGCUCCAAGGGUUUCACCUCCGGAUGCCAUUCCUGGGAGGUGGACGUGAGCCUAAACAAUGACUGGGUGAUUGGUGUCGUUAAGGCAUCCAUAGCCAGAAAAGGCAAAAUCGCAGGCUGUCCAGAAGGUGGGUUCUGGACCAUCGCCCUUUCUGAUGGGAUGUACACAGCCAUGACGACCCCACACACCCCUCUCAAGCUGGAGGGCCGCCUGGAGAGGGUUCGGGUGAAGAUCGACUAUGGUGCUGGAGAGGUCAGCUUCUUUGACUCUGUGGACAUGGCACCUAUUUACACAUUUAACGACCACUUUACAGAGAGGAUGUUCCCUUUUUUCUGUCCGGGAGCAAAUAUUAAUGGGAACAAUCCAGGCCCACUGAAGAUCUGCCCUGUGAGAGUGGCUGUGUGGAACAGCGCCUCUUGGUGACAGUUAACCCUUCGCAAGCUAUAUUUAUGCAUUUUCACUGCAGUUAUACACUACCACUCAAACAUUUGGACACCUCUACUCAUUCUCUACUAUUUUGGGAAUUACAUUGGCAAGAAAAAGUAUGUGAACCCUUUUGGAAUUAGCUGGUUUUCUGCAUUAAUUGUUCAAAAAAUGUGAUCUCAUCUUCAUUAAAGUCACAAGUAUAGAUAAAAAAUAAUAUGCUUAAGCUAACAACACACAAACAAUUCUAAUCUUUAUAACAAACUCAAAAUUUUUGUGUGCCUUUUAUAAGUCAAAGUAGCUCUAACCCACACCUCCAAUCUCAUUUCAUUAAUUGGAUGCCAGGUUUGCCAACUCCUGAUGAUAUUGAAGGAGUUCCCAAGGGGGACAUAUUGUUGGCUGCUUAUCCUUAAUCAUUGGGUUGGCACAAUGGGUUGGAAAUCAUUUGUUGGCACGAAUUAUAUUUGUCUACAAAACUAAUUUCAAGCAUUUAAGCAUAAGAAUUUAGAUCUUGAAAACUUAAUUCUUUCAAGUGUGUCUAAACCUUUGUUGUAAAGUUUAAUUGACAAAUUAUUGUCUACCAAAGUGUACUUUGGAUGUUGAUAUUAAUAUUUUUCUCAUAGGAAUGAUAGGUUACAAGAUGUUGAAUCAAAAUAUUAACAAAUGCUGUCAGAAAACAUUUAAAAUACUGUAUGUGUGGCAUCGCAAGUAAAAAAAAAAAAAAAAAAAAUGGUGAAUGGCAAUUAUACAAUGUACAAAAAUUGUUUUGCCUUUGGAAAAAAGACACAAUAUUGCUCUGUUGUGUGGUCAUUGUGUUUGCUGUUUAUUGGAACAGUUGGGUAAUUAAGUUAUGUUGUCUGCUAUAAUCAUUUAUGACUGACAAGUAUUGAUAAGAUCAACAUUUAUAAUAGGUUAAACAUGGAAGUUUACACCUAGAUCAGCCCUAUAUUGGGCUUCCAGAACAGUUUUGUCCUUCUACCAGGGCAUUGUUUUGCCAGUUCUCAGUUGAGAACAAUGACACGCAGCAUCCCCUCCACACUUUCUCUGGUGUCAAUAGAUGCCUGGGUGACAAACGGGAGAAAUAUGCAUUAAGAUCGUUAACAUGGUUAAAAUAGUCUAAUUUCGGUCAAACAUAGACUGUUAUAUCAUUAUUUUAUGAUUGUUUAACCCUUAUGUUUGGAAGUCUGAGAGACCCCAAGGCCAUUUUAAUAACAUUUAAAAAUAAUCAACAUUGAAGUUAAGAUUAUAGCUUAUAAAAUUUCAACUUAAUAACAUGCUUCAAAUGUCCACCAUUAAAAAUAUUUCAUUACUUCUGUUUGGGGUCUCAGAAUUUCAAUGUUAAUUUAGAUAGUCCUAGCAACAUACUAGCAACGCACAGCUAUAUGCUACUAACACCUAACAACCUGCUAGCAAAACCUUGCAACAUGCUAAAAUAUGUUAGCAAUGCCUUGCAAUAUGCUAGUAACACCUAGCUACAUGCUAACACAUGCUAGCAAUGCUUUGCAACAUGCUUGUUUUAUUGUAUUUUUAUACAAUGUUUUUUUUUUUUUUUUGCUGGGGUCCAUUUGACAUCAAACAUAAACAAUGUUUGAGAUCGGAAUGGCAUGCUACUUUUACUAAUUCUGCCAUAUGUGUCUAUGGCUGAAAUAGGAUGAGUAGUAUGGUAGUAAGCAAUUCUGAACUCAGUUAAUGUUACAAUAUUGGAUAACAGUCACAUUUCUGAAAAGUGCAUGUCUACUUUGUGAAAUGGGAUAAAGCUUAUUUUUUAUUUUAUUUUUAUUUUUUGCCUUUUUGGUUACCUCCUCUCCCCCCAUGUCAGUCUUCACCCAUCCUGGAUGAAGGGAAAUGCAGAGGAUCUCAUCUGAUUUCACCUCCAUAGCAGUAUACACGGUCAACAUGUUAAGACCUGCCUAAAUAAAAAGCAGAUCUAACUUGAGCUAUGAGGCUAAAAUACUGGUUUCGUAAAGGCAAAUUUAAUUGUGGGUAUGUGUACAGUCAUACUGCACCUAAUUCUGAUUUAAUUUUAAAAUCUGAAUUUUCAGACUGAUUGUCCACAUUCUCAUUUUGCAAGUGAUGAAAUCACAUCCAUUGACACUGUCAAUGAGUAAAAUAACUGGGUCGAACACACCUGUAGACACUAUAUGGCUCAUUGUGUAUGACACUGUGUUGUGUCCAAAAUGAUGACAAAAAUUAAAAUAAACCUUAACAUGUUUUUGACAGCUCAAAAAAAAAUUGUCAGAUUUUAAUCUGAUUUCAAACCACAUACAAAUGUAUGUAGUUUUUCAUGUGUAGAAUCUCAUGAAAAUUACAUGACUUUGACAAUAUUUUUGCAAAAUGACAUUGCAUAGGCCAUUAAGCGACACAUUUUGGCAUUAAUUCUGAGGUGAAAUGUCCACUGUGUGGUGCUAAAUGCAAGUUAAAUGUUCGCCCAAUCAGAUGAGGUCUUUACGGUUAAUGCUCUGUUGAGUUUUUGGCUCACCUGUCGACUCUUUGGACAGGUGAGCUCUUCAGGGCUCUUACCUCGGCCCUUUGUAUCGCAAGUGCAACACUAUCUGUUGAGCUACCACACAAUUUGACAAUGCCUGAACAAGCUUAGCUUGUAAAUGUUACGUUUGUAAUGCAAACGUUAAAAUGUAUCACCUUACAAGUCAUGCGCUAUUGUUAAAGUGUUUUGAUGUCAUAAGAUAGCACUGUGUGGGGAACAGGGUGAAAUGUGCCUGUUUUUGAUCCGAUAAUCUGCUGAUUUUUUGUGAUUCGUCUGAAAGGGAAUAAAA